AUGGACCUUCCCGGCCUUCGCUGCUCCAGUCCACCCGUCAUUAGGAGCCCGAAAGUCUCCCGGCCGCCCCGACUGCACGCCAGCUCCCCGGACCUCGCGGAAACAGGCCCCGCCUCGCCCUCUCGAUUCGCUGAAAUCCCGGAAACCAAGGAAACGAAAGGCGCGCAGCGCCGUGCUCCCUUAGGCCCCGCCCCUGGGUCGGGCCCCACCCACGAAGACGUCAUCUCGGCGCGCCGCCGCCGGAAGUGCGGUGGCGGCGCGGCUAGGAAUGAGUGCAGAGUGCAGGUGGACCGGUUUCCUGCUGCUAGAUUUAAGAAGUUUGCCACAGAAAAGGAGGCCUGGGCCUUUGUCAGGAGCUCCUUAAGAGGGGAGGAGGUCUCAACUAACAUUGCAUGUCUUUCCAGGAAUGAGUGCAGAGUGCAGGUGGACCGGUUUCCUGCUGCUAGAUUUAAGAAGUUUGCCACAGAAAAGGAGGCCUGGGCCUUUGUCAGGAGCUCCGCAAGCCCGGAUAGUUCAGAAGGACAGAAGAGCGAACCUGUAGACAGUUCGCCGGUGAGAGCCAGCAAGCGCCUGCGGGAGCCGCCAUGUGGAGACGGGGAUGAGGACCCAGGGCCCUGUGCAAAACAUGGGAGGCAGAGCGUGGAGCUGGUCCCUGCCCUGGGCAAGGAUGCCUUCUCCUACAUGGGAGACUUUGUUGUUGUCUACACCGACGGCUGCUGCUCCAGCAACGGGCGCAGGAGGGCGCGUGCAGGGAUCGGCGUGUACUGGGGGCCUGGCCACCCUCUAAAUGUGGGCGUUAGACUUCCUGGCCGACAGACAAACCAAAGAGCAGAAAUUCACGCAGCCUGCAAGGCCAUCGAGCAGGCGCGGGCCCAGAACAUCAGCAAGCUGGUGCUGUACACGGACAGUAUGUUCACCAUCAACGGGAUAACUAACUGGGUCCCCGGCUGGAAGAAGAACGGCUGGAAAACCAGCACAGGCAAAGAGGUGGUCAACAGGGAGGACUUCGCGGCGCUGGAGAGGCUCACCCAGGGCAUGGAGAUCCAGUGGAUGCAUGUUCCUGGCCACGCAGGGUUCAUAGGCAACGAAGAAGCUGAUAGGUUGGCAAGAGAAGGGGCUAAACAAGCCGAGGACUGACACAUGGCCUGCGCCAGGGGGGCGGGGGCGGAGCCUGUGGCCGCCGUGGAGCUCUCCCGCUGGAGUGGAGUCCAGGACAGACUGCCGCCGAGGCGGGCACCGCGCACCCUGAGCCGGAGAGGUGAGGCGGCACUCUCCGAAAUGGUUUCAUGAAACGUGUUUGCCAUGUAAUAAAUUGGACGUCUCUGAGACUCGAGCAUUUCAUGAGGGUCCAGUGUAACGUGC